AUGAUCAGGACGUGCAUCUAUCUGAGUGUGAUUUUCACUGUCGUUGUCUCUCAGGAAGCAGAGGAACCAGUUACAUACAGGUGCACUGAUGGCUAUAAAUUUGACAGUGAGCGACAGAUCUGUCGAGACAUUGAUGAGUGCGCCACAGUGCCUGAUGCCUGCAAGGGGGGCAUGAAGUGCAUCAACCACUAUGGUGGCUACCUCUGCCUCCCUCACAACGCCCAGAUCAUUGUCAGCAAUGGGGAGGAGGAGGAGCCUACCACAGCCCCGCCCAUCGAGGUGCCGGCCCCUGCGCCUGCUGUCCCAGCAAGACGGGUCAUUCAAAGCUCAUCUCGUACUAUACAGUGUGCUGCUGGCUUUGCACUGGAUGAACAAAACUACUGCAGAGAUGUGAAUGAAUGUGCUGUUUCCAACCCAUGUCAACACCAGUGCUACAACAUUAUGGGUUCUUUUAUGUGCCAGUGUGAUACAGGCUAUGAGCUGGCUCCAGAUUCGGUCUCCUGCGUUGAUAUCGACGAAUGCGCCUUCUCCAGUUACAUGUGCCAGUUCCAGUGUGUAAACCAGCCAGGAGGGUACAGCUGUGUUUGUCCCGAGGGAUAUCAGCUCCAGGGGAUCCGAAUUUGCCAAGACAUAAAUGAGUGUGAGACAGGACACAAUUGUAGAGAUGAUGAAAUGUGUUGGAAUUACCACGGUGGAUUCCGCUGCUACCCAAGGAAUCCUUGUCACGAGCCAUAUGUUAAAACGGGCGAAGGUCGCUGCAGCUGUCAGUCACCAAGUGUGUGUCGUGGCCUGCCACCAUCUAUUGUGUACAAAUACAUGAGUAUCUCAUCCGAUCGCUCGGUACCAGCUGAUAUCUUCCAGAUCCAGGCCACGAGCGUCUACCCCAACAUGAUCAACACGUUCAGGAUCAAAUCUGGCAACGAGGGAGGAGAAUUCUUCCUGAGGCGUUCCAGCAAUGUGAGUGCCAUGUUAGUGAUGACCAAACCCCUGACUGGACCUCGGGAACAUGUUGUGGACUUGGAGAUGAUCACUCAGAACAGUGUCCUAAACUAUCGCUCUAGUUCACUGCUGAGACUCACCAUUGUUGUGGGUCCUUACUCUUUUUAG